UAACAAAAUUCAUUUUUGAAUAAUAUGUCAAUCGUUGUGACACCUCCAAACAUUUUGACAACAUUGUUCACGAUACAAUAUUAUUUUAUUGAAAAAAAACCAAAAUGAAUAUUCCAGAGAUAAAAUCUUAUGAAGAACAGGCAAUUGACACCGUGGUCACAGUCAUCAAUAGAGCUAAACAGAAGCUAGGGGUACGGCAAACUUUGAAGCAACUUGCCAACAGCCGUGACUUCGCCUGCAAUGCUAAGCUCUCCCUGAAGGCUAUUGGCCCGCCGUUCGCCAUCACCAGUGAGGAGUUCAUCAACUCCACCAUCGAAAAGAAAUGGAAGCUCGGCUCUACGUUUAUGUACGUGGUCAAGUAUAUGGGAGGGUCCAAGGAUGAAGCGUCUCAGUAUUAUUACUUUGAGGUGAUCUUCAGCCAGCCGACUGUCACCUACCCAAUUCCGAUGGCUACAGUUUCCGUAUUCUUCAGACUUGAAGACAAACAUAUUGAACCGCCAUCUGAACGAGGUGUGCCAUUGAUGUGGUUCAGGGUCGAGGGUCAGCACGUUGACCACGACAUUCGUUACGUGGCACUAACAGCUGACUGGAUCCUGGCUGUGAUCAAAAUGAAGAUCAAGCUCUUCCAGAGAAUAGAAGAAAUUCGACUGUUUUAGUCGAUGAUCAUACAUCAUUAUUAUGAAGAAAUGAUGAUGAAGGAAUAAGUAUAUUUCAGAAUAUUUUUCAUACUGAGUUGAUUUUUUUAGAGCAAAAUUUUCAAAGUUCCUUAAAAUAUUUUUAAGACUGAUAUCUUACCUAAACGAAUUGUUACGUGUGCUCGUAGAUAAAGUUUUUUAUAGGCACAAGAAAUAUUUGUUUCGUUUAGAGAAUUAUGAUGAUAGCAACAAACGAUAAUUGUUGAAGUUGUAAUAUUUUUCUAUAUUAUCGUGAUUUCGCUUCGUCAAAUGUUUUUGAAAUAAAUG